CUCCGCGAACACUAAACGGUAGCAAUUAUCAUAUUCCGUGUUUUUUUUUUCAAUCUGAAACUGAGAGUAAACAGACAGAUACAGUGAUGAUGGAUGUUGGGUCAGAGAAUCACUCCCCCGAUGCCUGUGCUCCUCCUCUUCAUUCUCCCACCGCCUCCGUCAAUUCCAAGAUCGGAAAGAAUAAAUUGACAAAGGAGGCUGGUCAAUCUACAUCAAGUGCUCUUAACAAGUUCAAAUCACAAAUUAGAAAGCCUCCUCGUCGUAAAACCUCUCCUGUUAACUGGUUCCCACGCAAAAAAGGGGAUACCUACAUGAAUAGGAAAAUUAAGAUGCUUCAGGAAGUAGGUGGUAUGAAUUUGACCCUUGAUCAGACGCUAGGCAGUUCUAAUCCACAUUAUUCGAGAGUUCUGAGAGAGAAAAUGGCAGCUAAAGAAGCGGCAAAUAAGGCAAUGGAGGCCCGAAGAGGUGCAUUAGUGGAAGCCUCUUGGUGUUGUAUUUUACGUGCUGCCAGGAUUCCUAGUGAUGAUGCAGAGGCCCAACUCUUGAAGGCAGAAAAAAGUGCAGUGGAGGCUUUUGAGACGGCCCAGGCUAUGGGUGUUAUUAUGUUUGACUUGCCAAAUUGCCCUAGCAAGCAUUGUCAAAUAGAGACAUCCUCUGUUAAUGGAGAAGGAUCAUCUACCCAUACCGUUACUGCAUCUUUUGAAACUGCCUUUGAGGUGGACAGAGAAGUAGCUGCUGCAGUCAAAACUGCAUUUAUUAGGCUUGCAAACUGUCCUUCAUUCAGUAAAGGUGAAUUUAGAGAUCUGCUAAAAAAAAUUAGUGAAAAUCCAGAUACAGAUGAAAGUAAUCUGGACUUGUCAGAGUUCUCUUCAGAGUAUGAAUCUGAGUCUGGGUCAGAGCUUAAUUCAGUCGCUCAAAAGAGUGACUUCAACUCCCAAGACUUGGAAUCCAAAAUACCAUUCCUUGGGAUAGGUCAGAGGAAAAGCCGGAAGAGACAGUCUCUUGAUAACAGAAUAAAACUUGUGGAUAUGAUGAUUGAGAGGUUAAAAUGUUUGCAAGAAGAUGAACUUUCUUCUCUUGCCACUAUAGUCGCAACUUAUGGUUUGAAUGCUGCCUUGGCUGAAGUACAGAAUGCCAAACUGCACAAUCCAGACUCUACUACCAAGUAUUCAUCCUCUUCAACAAUGAAUUUUCCAGCAAGAAGAAUGUCAUCAUUAGGAUUGGGAAAGUCAGCCUUGGAUGCGAUGAGAAAGAAGCAAGUUGAGCCAGAAUUACCAAGCCUAGAUAAGUUUUUAGUUAAGCAUAUGACAAAACUUGAAAGAGAGGUUUGCGAAGCCAAAAAAACCCAAAAGAAGGAAACAGAAUCGGUCAGGGACAGGGAUCGUAAAUCUGUCAAUGAAACUCCAGCAGAGAUGGUACCUGAUUUGGGAAGUAUUCUAGUGAAGAAUUAUUCAAAAUUAGAGAAAGACAUCAAGGAGGCAAAAAUUAACUCAGGAAAGGAAAUGUCAGAAGUUCCAAGAGGCAUGCCAACCAGUCGAAAGGAUCACAUAGAAGUACCAAGCUUAGAUAAGGUCUUAGUGAAGCAUGUCUCAAGACUAGAAAAGGAAGUCCAAGAAGCAAGAAACAGAACAAUCAGUAUGAAAGAAAAAAUUUAUCUAGAUACGUCAGGUGGACUGGACUCAACUUUCUAUUCUGACGAAGCAUUGGACAGGAAAGAAAACAUAAAUUCAAAUACAGAGAUCAAUUCAGGGGAAAACAAAGAUGGGUUGGAAAAAAUACUGAAAAAGCCGGUGCACAGAUUGGAAAGGGAGAAGUUGCAUGCAUUGUCACAGGGAAGCCAUGUUGAAAACUAUAAACAAAGAACGAAUCAUGAAGCAAACAAUGUCGCGGAUUGUGAGAGCUUGGAUAAAGUUUUAGUGAAGCAUGUCUCUAGACUGGAGAAGGAGAAAAUGAGGAUCAAUUUGGGGGAAGAAUGGGGGCAAGUUAAGAGAAGUCACAGAAAUAUCCAUUUGGAAACAACUGAAGGUGGUCUGGAUCAAGUCUUGGUUAAACAUAAAUCCAGACUUGAGAGAGAAAAAAUGGUUGCUGCUCAGCAGCCGGAGAACUCAGUUAGUCUUUCAAAGACCCGUCGUGAAGCAAGGGAGAGAGAGUUUCAAGAAGCUUGGGGAGGACUGAGCUUAGGAAACAUCCAUUUGGAAACAAAUGAAGGUCUGAACAAUCAUAAAUCCAGACUUGAGCGAGAAAAGAGGGUUGCCACUCAGCAGCCAGAGAACUCGGUAAGUCUUUCAGUGACUCGCCGUGAAGCAAGGGAAAAAGAGUUGCAAGAAGCUUGGGGAGGACAGAGCUUAGGAAACUCCAUUAAACCUCGUCUCUCCAAGCUUGAAAGAGAAAAGGCUUCUUGGAUUAAAGCUGAAGAGGAGGAAAGGAAACAAGCAAUGAAAGCAAUUUGAUAGUAAUUUUCCAUACAAUUUCCUUCAUUCAUCCUUGUUGAUAAAAAUGUGCUUACAUAUAUGAUAUAUCGAUUGUGUAAUGUAAUGCAUUGGCUUCUUGAUUGUACUUAAGCUUCUGGCGCAUUGAUUUGGUCCCUUUAUGAAGGAAGUCGUUGCGACCCUGC